CUCUCUCUCUCUCUCUCAAUCUUUAGGAAUGUAUUAAUAACAUUUCCACUGUAAGAGCCUCUGUAGGAGAGCCGGGGAGGAGAAUAGCUAGCCAAAAAAAAAAGCCCCCAAAAAUCCAAAGUCUUGGAACAAUCUGCAGCGUUGGAGCAUUCUCCGGGCUGGGAUUACAGUCUCCGGGGUGGAGGGUUUUUUGACACAAAAAAGCUGCUUUUCAAGCUUUGCGGCUCUGCCUUGAGGACAGCAGUGAUCGGGUCCAGCAGCCAGGUCUGAGAUCGGAAUCCAAAGGGACCAAGUGGAUCCCCAGCCUUUCCCAGCAUCCCCCGAGGAAUCCAUGGAUUCUUUAAUAAAAAGGGAGUCGUGUUGACUGCAAACAUUGGAAAUAUUAUCCAUAAAUUCGUCAGGAUUAUUUACAUUCGUGGAUUACUCAAGAAAUCUUUGAUUGACAACAUUAAGAUUUCUUGACUCUACUUAACCUUUGAUGAAGUUGCAUUGAGGAAAGAACAUCAUGGCGUCAAGUUUAACAUGUACCGGUGUGAUCUGGGCACUGUUGUCUUUUCUGUCUGCUGCUGUGUCUUGCGUUGGCUUUUUUAUGCCCUAUUGGCUACUGGGCUCCCAGCUGGAUAAGCCUGUAUCAUUUGGCACUUUCCGCAGGUGUUCUUACCCAAUAAGAGAUGAAAAUCGUCAGACCACAGUCAUGGUGGAACAGUGUGGUCGAUAUGCCUCUUUCGAUGCAAUUCCAAGUGCCGAGUGGCGCAUAUGCACAAUUGUCACUGGCCUUGGAUGUGGUAUUCUGCUCUUGGUGGCACUGACUGCCAUAAUGGGAUGUUGUGUGUCUGAUCUUAUCUCUCGGACUGUUGGAAGAGUAGCUGGUGGAAUUCAGUUUCUUGGAGGUCUGCUGAUUGGAUCUGGUUGUGCUCUUUAUCCUUUGGGCUGGGACAGUGAAGAGGUCCGGCAAGCAUGUGGAAAUCUCUCACAACAAUUUGAAUUGGGUCUUUGCAGAAUUGGGUGGGCGUAUUAUUGCACUGGAGGUGGAGCUGCUGCCGCAAUGCUUAUCUGCACAUGGUUAUCGUGCUUCUCUGGAAAAAAACAAAAGCAAUAUCCCUACUAACUCUUACAAUCAAUACCAGACGGCAAGGGAGGCUCUGUAAGGAAUGAAGUCAUGACUUUCUGAAAAGCCCUUUGACAUUUACAUGAAGGACUUUCAACGAACUGGCCUGGACUUUUGUCAACAACGUUGUCCGACAGAUCUAAUGCACAAAGUAAAAAUGCCACUUGCAUACUCUAAAAGUGUGGAGAGUCAACUCCAGAAGAUUUAAUAUGCUGUUGAGAAGCCAGAGUUAAUUGUUUUGUUGGAAGGAAGGUAACUCAUCUAACUUGCAGCUUUCUGAAUGUUCCUGGACUGCAACUCCCAACACACUUAGUCAUCUUGUAUAUCAUGUCACCUCUCAUUUCCCUGUAACAACCACUCUUGCUGGUCAAGGAUGAUGAGAGGUGCACCCUAAAACAGCUAAUAUUAAGGCAGGGUACCUUGGCCCUGGACUAAGUUUGUUUACUCUGAAAUAAAGCACACAUGUAACACAUACCACGAUAACAUUUUCGUACGCAGUUUCUUUGGUCCAGGAGCUUUUAUAGAACGACAGGGGUCAUAAUGCUUUACCAGCCCACUAAGACCUGGUUUUCAACAUAAAAUAGUCUUGAACUUCAACUCCCGUAAAUCUUUGCAGCCUACCUGCAAGCAUAGCAUUAUGGGAACUGUUCUACAGUAGCUGGAGAGAUGAGUCCAAGCUACUCCUGUUUAAAUCAAUUUGGUGCGAAAAAAGGGGGCAGCAACAGUACAUUGCAGCACAAUCGUUUAGCAGUUUCCUAGGUAAUGAAGAUCAGUAUUACUUUUCACCCACUGUUUCAUAUAACCAUGUGUAAGUCCUUAGUUGGAUUAAUACUCACCGUUUAUGCUGUUUUCAGUUUUUUGUUUUGUUUUUUAAUCUGUGCACUCACGCACCCCAUGUAGAGAUAUAUAUUUGAAUAUCUUUGAACAAGCCGACGCGUUUUCAGAAUUUGUACAAACCACAAUAUGUAACAUAAGUAACGUUUUAUUUACUCACGAAAGGCAGUAAUCUGAAAUCUUAUCAGUGCGCCAUUAUUAAUACCUGUGUUUCUAUGUAAAGAAUUCUGUUACUCGCAUAAAAUGCAUAUAUUCUAUAUUGCCUCAUAAAUAGUUUUUUUCCUAUUUUGUGGUUUAGUUAUCAUACUUUCAUGCUAUGCCAUGGCCAUUAUCAUUUUGUAAGCUAGAAAAUAAACAAUACAUGUAAUAUUAUACCUUUGUAUUUUAAAAAUAAAACAUGUAAAUAAA